AUGGAAUGUUCUAAACAUAAGGGGGAAAAAGCAAGUAAUUUAAUUUUUAGAUUGUUUGUAUUUAUUUUUAUUACUACAGAAUUAUUAUUUUCUAUGGUUUUUGCCUUAGUUACACAAAUACUAUGCGGCUUGAUAUUUUUCCCAUUAGUUGUAUUUAGUAAAAAAGCAAGAUUAACUAUAUUUGGUUUUUGUUUUAAAUUUGCUAUGUACCUUAUUUUUACCCCUCUUAAUCCAUUUUGGAGAUUAAAAAUAAUAAGAAAACCUAGGAAAGGUUAUAGUCCAACUGGGACUCUCUUAUUUUUUAAUCAUUUGUCUUCACUCGAUCCGUGGGUGGCUGCUGCAAGCACUUUAUGGUGGUGUACAAAAUUUGUUUUUAAAAGUUCAUUAUUUAAAAUACCCAUGGGAGGUCUGAUAUUAUAUUUAGCAGGGGAUAUUCCAAUAUACUUUACUCAAGGAAAAGGAGGAUGGGAAGUAAAGCCAGGAGGCGUUGAAGAUAUUAUGAAAAAAUGUAAAAAGUAUAAAGAUUUAAAUAUUAGCACAGUUGUAUUUCCAGAAGGUACAAGAUCUCUUAAUGGACAAUUACAGUUAUUCAAAUCUGGAUUUUUUAGAUAUGCAAUUGAAAACAAUUGUGAAAUAUUACCUUGUGCAAUACAUGGAACAAACAAUAUGUGGCCUGUUAAAGGAAAAAUGUUAGACAUAGGAACUGCAUAUGUUUCUUUUGGUGAACCCUUUUAUUCAACGGAAAAUAUGACCGUUGAUGAGCUGAAGGAAAAAACUAGAAAUGCUAUUUUUGAAUUGAUCAAAGAUUUCCCAGAUUAUGAUCCAGAGAGAGAUACGUUAUCAACCGAAAUAACGAGAAUAAGGGGCCACGGUAUAUAA